AUGGUCUAUAGACUUUAAAAAUUUUGCUAAGUUAACAUGUAUUAGUUUGUGAUUAGGUCAGUUCAAGGGGAACCAUUAGUGGUAGGCCAAUGUUAAUUGGUGUUCAGUUGUAUAAGCAUUAGCACAUCUCAUUUCCAUGGAGAAUAUUUGGCCCAGCCCCUUCAGUCAUGGUCUAUUUACUUUGAAACUUUUGCUUAAUUUACAUGUAUUAGUUUGUGAUUAGAUCAGUUUAAGAUGAACUGCUAAUGUUUAGUCAAUGAUAUUUGGUAUGCAAAUUUAUUGGCAUUUGCAAGUAUCGUUUCCAUGGAGAUUAUAUAGCCCCACCCCUGAUCAUGGUUCAUUGACUUUGAAACUUUUACAUAGUUUACAAGUUAAUGUACGUGUUUAGGUUUGUUUAAAGGGAACGACUUAUAAUAAGUCAAUGAAUGGUAUUUGGUAUGCAGUUGUAUUAGCAUUGGCACAUCUCAUUCCAUGGAGAUUGUUUAGCCAUGUACAUUCAGUCAUGGUUCAUCAACUUUGAAUAUUUGCAUAACUUAAAUGUUAAAGUAUUGCUAUUUUAAUUUCAACAUUUGCAUUAUCAAAAUUACAAAAAGGCGAGACAUAUCUCUGUGAUAACAGUUUAUUAUUUAUUUAUUUAUCAAAUUAACAAGUAAAAUAACAAUUAGCAAUCACAUAGAGUGAAUGUUUUAUGUAGAUUUGUCCACAAAUUUUCACAUUUACCUAGAUAUCAUAAUACUAUAACAUGUAACAGUAGUUUCUGGGUACCAUACAUACAUUUGUACAUGUAAUGUUCAAUACUCAAUACAAUUUUCUAUACACUAAAAUUGAGAAUGGAAAUGGGGAAUGUGUCAAAGAGACAACAACCCCACCAAAGAGCAGCCCAAGGCCACCAAUGGGUCUUCAAUACAGCGAGAAAAUCCAGCACCCGGAGGUGGGCUUCAGCUGGCUCCUAAACAAAAAUGUGUACUAGUUCAGUGAAAAUGGAGGUCACACUAAACUGUAUCUUUAAAUGUGAUGCCAAAAUUUUGAAUGCUACAAUUUCAAAAAUUAAGUUUUUUGCAGAUUAUAUAUAUUUGAUCCCUAUUACAUCAUUCAAUUUCAUUAUUAUUAGUUCAAAAUUUAGAUUAAUUAUUGAUGAUUAUUUAAUUUUUCGACAUAUGUAUUUCUAAUUUAAAAUGAAUUAUAGUGCUUGAAGCUUUGAAUAGAAUAGACCUUUCCCAGAGAUUUAUUAAAAGAGAAAAAAAGUAACUAUUUAUAUAGAUGCAUGUACUGUUGAAGGGACAGCACAUUAUUUAGCUUUGCCUAUUUAUAAUUUAAGCAGAUGAUGGUUUUAUUACCAGAACUUAUGCUGAAGAUUUUGAAAUGAAAGUUGUGCUUUUAUAUUAUCUUUUGUGAAUAUAAUUAAACUGAAAAAACAACAACAGAAGAUUAGAUACCAAGGGGGCAAACAAAACAAAAACAGACAAUACCAUGACCAAAAGAGAAAAAAGACAAUUAUUCGUCAUGCAGAUAACAUUGUAAAUACAUGUAAAUUAUGUUGUGAAUGCAUGCAAAUUGCAUUGUAAAUACAAGCAAAUUACAAUGUAAAUUCAUGCAAAUUACACUAGGUGACAUGCAAAUAUGCAAUUUACAUUGUAGGUGAUAUGCAAAUAUGCAAAUUACAUUGUAGGUGAUAUGCAAAUAUGCAAAUUACAUUGUAGAUACAUGCAAAUUACAUUCCGGAUACAUGCAGAUGAUUACAUUAUAGAUACAUGUACACAUUUAUUGUGUGUGGGGUCUUAGACCGUUUCUACUGGAUAGUUGUUAAUUGUUUAGAAUUAAUUGGGAUCAAUUUGUCAUAAGGUUGCUGUACAUACUUUUUAUUUUUAUUUUAUUAUUCUUUAAUGAACAUUUAACAGUCGAUAGAAUCAUAAACUUGCAUCUCCAAAGUUAAAGAUGUCAUGGUUUAUAGAUAUUUCUGAUUGCUGUUUUAUUUCAUGCUUUAUACAGCUGCCAGAGAAGCCAGAGAGCAAAAACGGAAGCUUGGACGGCUCACAAGAACAUCUGCCUUCUCCAGAAUUCGAAGGAAGCGUCAUGAUCCUCCCAGAGGACACAGCUGUGAUUUCUGAGGAGUCCAGUGAUGAAAUCAGCCUCUCAAAGUUAUCCACCAUUUGCUUAGGAGCUGACAUGAAAACAAGAGAAAAUGAUGGACUUGAGCCUUCGUGUGCAAUUCAACUUUUCCCUAAUAAUGAUAUAAUGAUGCAAAAUGCAAUGAGAGUUCUGAACUCUGGAACUGUAGUUUGGCGCCCAUCUGCUUCAAUAACGCCAAGUCAAAAAGAGAAAAUUAAAAAAGAAUUCACCUUACAUAACCCUACUCCUACAAUAACCCAUAAGCCACCAGAUUUAAAAGAUUCUGAGAAAGUCUCUACCAACCUUCACAGAUCUCAGUCAGAAGCCAGGAUUGAUUUUCCAAUCAUACGACCAGAAUCCAGAUCUGGUAUGUUAGUGUCAGAUAUCAAUAUGUCUAAACAGGCAAAACUUGGCAAAAAUGGUAGAACUUCUUCUAGUAUGGAAACAAGAGCACCAUUAAUUCCCAAAGGAAAUGUAAUGAAGAAUUUAAGGCAUAAGUAUGCUGGAUAUGUACGCAGUAAAAAUUUAAGAAAGACAAAAAGUGAAACAACAUUAUUUUCCUUACCAAAACCAUCCCCACCACCUACCAAUGGGAGAAGAUGUUCUGUAAAACCAUAUCCUUCAGAAUAUACCAACUUCCCAGACAACAUGAAAGUUUCUCAAGUUUAUACACUUUGGAGCACUGAUGGAAAUAGAUCCAGUUUUACUUCAAGUGAUAUGCAGUCUGCUAGUGGAUCUCGGUACCAGGAUGAAGAUGAACGAAGACUUCAGAAAGUUGCUCAAUAUAUUUUAAAUGAGCAUCUUGACUCUUCCAUGGAUGGCAAAAUAAAACAGGAAGUCGCAGUUGCUGAUGGGGUAGAGUUUGAUGUUUCACACACUUACUUUUCCAUAGCGUGAUGUUCACCAGAAAAAUGAUUUUUACACAAAUGCCUGUAACAUGUACUUUGUAUUUAAUAAAAGCACCUCAAAAAUCUAACUGUCUGUUCACUUAACUUUUCUUUAUUUAGUUUGAGCUUAAAUGUUAUUUAUAUACUUCAUGUAAAUGGUGAAAAAUGUUGUCAGGAAAGACAAACAGUUAUUAAACAUCCAUUUCAGCCUGAGUCAUCCAGCACUUGAUGCUGCUCUUUAGUUGUUUAAGCUGUGUAUGAAAAGUUUAAACCGUUUAUUUCUGGGUUCUUUAAAAUUUUGUGUUUGUUAAAAUGAUUAAGGCAGGAACAGAGAAAAAACUACAGCGCGGCACUACUUCCAAUCCAGCAAGUGUUGAUAUGGACACAAAAAAAAAAACAUCAAUGAACAAAAACCAACUUUGUGCAACAUUUUCACAUUUCAAGAUACCAGUAUGUAGAUUUAAACAAAAUGAGUGAACUGUUUUGUCUAAUAUACUUAUCUAAUUCAUAUGCAAAUAAAAACAAAUUGAUAAAUGUGAGGUCAUUAUAUAUUAAAAUAUGUUACAUUUUAUUGCAUAUAUGUAUAAGUGCUAAUAAUAUAUAAUUGUAUUGUUAUGAGUUUGUUUUUCACCUAGAUUCUCUGUGUGAUAUCCACUGCCCAACCUGCUUAUUGUGUAGUUUCUUUUCUAUCACUUUUAUGUUAUUAGAAUAAUUUUAACAUUUAAGAAUCACUGGCCUAUCACAAAUUUAGACCUGUUACCAACCAAAUAGUAGUACAACUAGUUCAUUAAAAAUUCCACAAUUAUACUAGACUGUAAAAAGGCCUGUAUCCUUUUAACUUAAACAAGCAUGUGGUGGAGUACAUAAGUUAACAUCUCCUUAUUUUAAUAUAUGUGUCUUCAUAACUCCAAACUGUUAUCCUCAUGAUAAUUUAACUCAAGAUAAAUUAAAAAAUCCUAAAAAACAUUUUUACGCAAUGUUUAGGUCACUGAGCCAGUCCCUCCUUUUUAACUUAUUGUUCCAGAGUGAAUGUACUUUUUUAUAUGUUUUGUGUGUCUUGUACAAAGUCCUUUUAUCUUGUGUCUACUAAUUCCUUUAAUUUUAUAGCAAUCUUACAAUCAAUAAAUUAUAUUUAAAAAUAAAAAGAUGUGGUAUAAUUGCCAACUCGCCACCAAAGACCAAAUUACCAUAGAAGUUUAUAUAUAUCUGUUUCAAUUAACAAUUUUCAGAUUUAAUUUUUCAGUGUUAUAAUACCUUGACAUGAAUGGUUAAAAUAAAGGAUGACAUGUGCAUUCUUCACUGAUAAUGACAGAUUGUUUAUUAGGAAUUUUGCACUUUUCAGUUUAAAACAUUAGUCUUGAUUGAUUUUUAGGAAUUGUGUGUUUAGCUCUGUGAGGAAUUACAGUAAUCUUUUUAAACACACCUAAUUGAAUAGUUUAUAAAGCAGAUAAACAGAAUUAAAAUGACUUUAGGAUUUAUUUAUUAUAAAAUCACUGCCAAAAUGAAAAGAAAUAUUUGUUUUGUCACAAGAUAUUAUAAAACAUUACAUUCUUUUUCUAGACAAUAUUCUUGUAUGGCAUAAUCAGGUAUACAGUCUUAGGUUGCAGAUAUGUAAUUAAUUAAACACUAUAAACUGGAAAGGGGAUUUUAAAUUUACUAAUAUAGAAGUAAGGAGAUAUGGUGAUUUACCCUAUGAUUGUGAAUGAGACAAAUGUCCACCGAGACACCCAUUUAAGUUUACAUAUAUAAUGAAUACUGAGAUCAAUUGAUGAUUUGGUAUGGUUAUCUUAAAGUGCAUUUCAGUUUUAGAUUACUGACUAUAAAUUAUAAGAUAUACAACUAAUUCCAAAGAAAAUGGUUGA